UAGAGGAGAUACCGAGCUAUCCAUCAGUCGAGGAAGAUUGCAAGCAAGUGCUGGCCUGUAUAGAAAUCGCAAUACUCUGCACAAAGAAGAACCGGCGUGAAAGGCCCAGCAUGGAAGAUAUUGUUUAUAAACUGAAUAUGGUAGAUUUGAAGAAAAACGACUCGUCCUCGCAGAUAGAGAAGGAUUUCUUCCCGAGAAUGAAUAUCGUGGAGAACAAGUUACAGCAUACAAGUCACGAGCCGUGGAAUCUAUCAUUCAAAAUGUUGACGGAUAUUACAAAUAAUUUUUCUGAGGAUCGGAUAUUGGGCAAUGGUGCGUUUGGGAAAGUUUACAAGGGGGUGCUUGAAGACGGACAAGUGAUUGCCGUGAAGUUGCUCCAUCAAACGCCAGGGAUUGACGACUCGCACUUUGUAAACGAAUUUAACAAACUUAAGAAGCUGAAGCAUCAAAAUGUUGUGCAAUUAUUGGGUUUUUGCAACGAAGAAGAGGAAUUACGCAUCCAGUAUCAAGGGAAACUAGUGCUUGCUUAUAAAAGACACGCAGCACUGUGCCUUGAGUUUAUAGCAAACACAAGCCUUGACGCGUUUCUUUCCGGUAUGUUUGCUGUUAUAUCUACCAUAGUAUGA